UUUGCACCUCCUUAGUAGUGACUUCAGCCUGGGUUGGAGGGGGAGGAGCAGGCUGGGAGGCUCUGCUCUGCUCCCAUGUUGAUGUUUGUUGUUUGCGAGGGUGGCAGCUCGCUGUGUAAGACAGGGACACAAUGUGCACGGAGGGUUUUCGACUGGCCUGUCUGCGCGCUUCCAGAAGAAAGCUGCAACUUUUUUUUCUGAAUGCUGAAGAUUGCUGCUGAUUUUUUUUCGCCGUUUUUUGCUGUGAAACCCUUGGACAUAUGGCUGUAAGGUCCCGCUCUGUUCGUGUUGUACGCGAAGACUCGUAGUGUCUCUGUGAGGAUGCUGGAGCUCGUCUGAGAGCCCCCCCAUCGUUUGGUCUGUCUCUGGAUUCCCCUUCCUCUUUUUUAACCAAGUUCUACGGCCACGAGGGGGGGAUUUCAAACUAUUUUUCCCCGUCAAGUCCUAAAAAUGGUGUUCUUCGUUUUGUCGUCGGUUCGAAACAAACCUGGAUAACGAAAGGAAUAGCUACGUGACAACACCCCGACACGACGACCAGCGUUACUUUGCUUGGAGGCACAUCUGCCCCGGGAUUUAUCCAGCUGUGGGGAUUUCAAGCUGCUAUUGAUGCAUCUCGGGGUAUCUGAGUCCAUGAGAGAGUGCGAGUACAGCCAGAUAAGCACUCGCAGCUCCACACCAAUGGAGACCCCUUACAAGAAAAAGACCCCGAAGAAGAGGAAGUGGGAGUCCUUCCCAGGUCGGAAUAAAUUUUACUGCGAUGGGAGGAUUAUGAUGGCCAAGCAGACAGGGGUUUUCUACCUCACCCUUGUCCUCAUACUAGUGACUUGUGGACUUUUCUUCACUUUUGAUUGUCCGUUCCUGGCGCUACAGCUGACUCCAGUUAUCCCAGUCAUAGGGGGUGUGCUUUUUAUCUUUGUACUGGGGACCCUCCUAAGAACCAGCUUCAGUGACCCAGGGGUUCUGCCCAGGGCCACCCCAGAUGAAGCAGCAGACCUAGAGAGGCAAAUAGAUGUAGCGAAUGGCAGCACAGGCUACAGGCCUCCACCCAGGACAAAAGAGGUGGUCAUCAACGGCCAGACAGUCAAACUGAAGUAUUGCUUCACCUGCAAGAUCUUCAGACCUCCACGUGCCUCCCACUGCAGCCUCUGUGACAACUGUGUGGAACGCUUUGACCACCACUGUCCCUGGGUGGGAAACUGCGUGGGAAGAAGGAACUACCGUUUCUUCUACAUGUUCAUCCUCUCCCUCUCCUUCCUCACCAUUUUCAUAUUCGCCUUCGUCAUCACACACAUCAUUUUACGCUCCAAUCAAAGUGGGUUUCUUAAUGCACUAAAAAACAGUCCUGCCAGUGUGCUGGAGGUGGUGGUGUGUUUCUUCUCUGUUUGGUCAAUAGUGGGCCUUUCAGGCUUCCAUACUUACCUAAUCAGCUCGAACCAGACGACCAAUGAAGAUAUAAAAGGGUCGUGGUCUUCUAAAAGAGGGAAAGACAACUAUAACCCAUACAGCUACGGCAAUAUACUCACCAACUGCUGCGCAGCACUAUGUGGACCCCUACCACCCAGUCUCAUUGACAGGCGGGGCUACGUCCAAUCAGAUUCACCGCAGCUGGCACCACCAACCAAUGGCAUCACUAUGUACGGAGCCACACAGUCACAGCAGAGCCACAUGUGUGACCAAGACCAGUGCAUUCAGAGCACCAAAUUCGUUUUACAGGCUGCCGCCACGCCUCUCCUCCAGCAGCAGAGCAGUGAGCCCGUCAUCCUGACCACGUCGCCCGAAAACGGAGGCUCUCUUCCAGGCCGCACCUCCCUCACCCUGGGUGGUCCCUGUACCUCGCUCCCCCUCGGACAGCCCACCCCUCCGACGUCAACUCCAAGCCUCAGCCUUCACGAGGCCGCCGACAUGAUGCCAAUCCACGGGCACGGACACACACUCAACCACAGCCACCCCCUGCAGGAGCCGGGAGCCCACCACCACUUUCUCACUCCAGAGGAGGUGCCUUCGCCACCGGGUAUGCUCCCCUGCGGCAGCCCAAUGGGUCACAGCCACACAGUGCAGGCUGGCUUCUAUAACCCCGCCAGCCAGGACUCUCUGCAUGAAGACUCUGUUAGAGGGCUGGUUAAACUCAGCUCCGUCUGACAGAGGGGCAAGGAGCCUUUCCUGAAAACUUGCAUCCAACCCAUGGAACCUUCCCUGUGCCACUUUUGUGCCAGCUCACUCUCACCCUGAAUUAUUUUACAUUACUCUCCUAUUCAGGACUGGAGAACUGCAAAAAGGCUGUGGUUUAAGUUCAGCUGCUACAAACUGAAUGGAAUUGAACUGAUCUAAAGUGAAACCAUUUGUCCUCAGCCAGUGGUCUUGCCAAACCACUCCUCUGGAAAUGGGAGAAAUGUUUUCUGGUGUGUUUGCUUGUAUGAAGGCUCACACAUAGUCUUUUUUUAAAACUUCAAGGGAAGCCUAAUCUGUCAGCUCCAGGAAACAUGAAGUUGGACUGUCUUUUGGCGUAUGUCUGUGAGCCAUGACAUGCAAAAAACAGAAUGAAAAGGAUAUGUUUUGACAGUAUGUGACAUUUUUGGCCAAAAAAUAAAUUUCUGCCAACAAAUCAAAGGUCCAACAUAUUCUUACUCAUACAACCAACUAUAGCCUUCUUGCCUGUUGCUGACUGGACAGCGUCUUCUGCCUUGUUUUUUCAUGGACAUUCUAAGCAGUUCAAUGGUUGAUGUCAUCAUGUUGCAUAUCAUCCUGCUUUUUCUAUUUCAGAAAAUGAGACUGUUGUACUGUACCAUGGUUAUUACAAAUCUUUCAAAUUAUAUUUCCUGUGGAUAUUAAUAAAACACCAACUUUUUAUCAGA